AUGUUAAUGCUUCAAAGACCACCAUUACCAUUGUCAAUACCAUCUGGUCUGUCUAGAAAAGACCUGGCCCUCACAGGAGAAAUCGUCGUAUCGAAGACGGUACUGUCGGCUCCUCGGAGUAGGCAGCUUUUAGAAGGUUACUUGUUCAGUUUUUUCCUAGAGCUUCUUUGUCAGUGUCUGACAGACGUGUUCAGACUUUGCUUGGGACAAUCUCGUGAAGCCCCAGUUGUUUUGUUCAAACACGGCUUGAAAAUUGUAAUUGUCUGGUUGAAAUUCGAUUAUGCCUAUGAGAUAAUAUUGAGCUGUUCGGAAGCAUUCCCAACAUGGUCACAUUGUUCAGUGCUUGUAAUUGACGCGAUAUAUCUUCGCCAAAUUCCUUCCUGCGUGGUUUUAACAUCGCUGGAGGAUAUUUAUCACUGUUCCAGUGACGACGUCGGAAAGCUGAUCGAAAAUACGUGUCGUCGUAUUAACGGUGAGGUUUUCGAUUAUUUUUGUCAGUUCUUCGAUACUCAAUUUAACUGUAUUUGUUGGGAGAGAGUGAUUGUUUUGUGUAUGUUCCAUUUCUUGGUUGGAUUCGAAGGAGUUUCUGGCUGA